CCCUGCGGCGCAGCCAAUCAGCGAUGCGAGCGGGAAGGCCGCUUAGCUGCGGGCCGAGCGAGUCGAUGAGUUGGCUCUGGACUCCUGCGCGAGCCCCGGGUGUCCGAGCCUUAUUCAGGAUGCUGUGCUCCCUGUUCCUUGGUGGAUGUCUGUUGCUGGUAACUGGCUAUGCUCAUGAUGAUGACUGGAUUGACCCCACAGAUAUGCUUAACUAUGAUGCUGCCUCAGGAACGAUGAGGAGAUCUCAGGUGAAAUAUGGUACGUCAGAGAAAAAAGAAGUGAGCCCUGAGUCGUCAGCUGCCGAGGAGUUGUCAGACUGUUUGCACAGAUUGGAUUCUUUAACUCACAAGGUUGAUAAUUGUGAAAAGAAGAAAAUGAAAGAUUAUGAAAGUCAAAGUAACCCUGUUUUCAGGAGAUAUCUAAAUAAGAUUUUAAUUGAAGCUGGCAAGCUUGGACUUCCCGAUGAAAACCAAGCAGACAUGCGUUACGAUGCUGAGAUUCUCCUUACGAGACAGACACUGUUGGAGAUCCAGAAGUUCCUCAGUGGAGAGGAGUGGAAGCCAGGAGCCCUGGAUGAUGCACUGAGUGAUAUUUUAAUCAAUUUUAAGUGUCAUGAUUCAGAAGCAUGGAAGUGGCAAUUUGAAGAUUUUUUUGGAGUAGAUCCAUAUAAUGUGUUUAUGGUACUCUUGUGUCUGCUCUGCAUUGUGACGCUGGUGGCUACAGAGCUGUGGACAUAUGUUCGCUGGUACACACAGUUGAAACGCAUUUUUAUCAUCAGUUUUCUCAUCAGUUUGGGAUGGAACUGGAUAUAUCUAUAUAAGGUAGCUUUUGCUGAGCAUCAGGCUAACAUUGCCAAGAUGGAUCCAUCAAGCAUUGUGUGUGCUCAGAAGAUGGACUGGACUGGAAGUCUCUGGGAAUGGUUUAGAAGUUCAUGGACCUCUAAGGAUGACCCAUGCCAAAAGUACUAUGAGCUCUUAUUAGUCAAUCCUAUUUGGUUUGUUUCGCCAACAAAGGCUCUGGCAGUUACAUACACUCACUUUGUAACGGAACCCUUAAAGCACAUUGGAAAAGGAAUGGGUGAAUUCCUUAAAGCACUCAUGAAGGAGAUUCCAGUGUUACUUCAGAUUCCAGUGCUUGUGAUUGUAGCAUUGGCUGUCGUGAGCUUCUGCUAUGGUGCUGGACGGUCCUUUCCUAUGCUGAGCUACUUCAGCGGUCCUGCGAGAGAACCUCCACGAGCACUUGAGCCAGAUGACAGAAGACGGCCCAAGGAACUUGACUAUAGAUUCCAUGGUGGAGCAGGUGAUGCAGAUUUCUCUUACAGGGGCCCAGCUGGCUCCAUCGAGCAAGGCCCUUAUGACAAAAUGCAUGCGUGUAAGAGAGAUGAUUUGAGACAGAGACACGUUGACAUGAGAUUUCACUGUGGCAACAAGAGCCCUGAAGUGCUCCGGGCAUUUGAUUUACCUGACACAGAGGCACAAGAACACCCAGAAGUGGUCCCCAGUCAUAAAUCAUCUGUUGUGAAUACAAACCUCGAAGAUAUUGGUGAACGCCCAGGAGAAAGCAUCCCAACAAAAUCCAGUCAGUCUGCCAAGGAUGUCUCCAGCCAAAUUCCCAGCAGUGCUGAAAGCUUACCCAUAGAGGAGAAGGCCCAGCUGAAGACAGGCUCUGAGAGCAGCCCACAAGGAGGCCGCCCACACAGCACCGAAGCUGCUGGGGCAGCAAGCGGGACUGAUCCUGUCAGCAGCCCAUGUGGCUAAAGAACAAGGCACAGACUCCAGAGUCAACUUUGAAGUCUGUAUUGACUCUUCAUCCUUCCUUACAAAUUUGUUGAAAUUUACUACAAAGCUGCCAACUUUAUAUCAAUAAUUUUACAGAAUCUCUCUUAGCUGUUAGGAUGUAUCUCAUAUUUUAGAACAGGGUUUUGUAAAAUUUACAUUUUUAAGUUAAUGCUUUAGCAGACAGACACCAUUAACUGAGCUGAUAUUAACUAAUGUUAAAUGUUGCUUUGGGCCGGCAGUGGUGGUGCAUGUUGCUUUGGCUACACUGCUACAUGACAGCCAGCAAAGCAACUGGAUCCAACUGAUCAAAGUAUGUGUUAGCUGAUGGAAGGACCUCUGAAACCCAGUUUACUAAUGGUACUUAAUGCAAGCUGGUGUCUGCUGCCACCACAGUCAGUCAUCUGUAUUUCUAGGUAGACCACCCGCAGAACGACGUGACUUUCUGGUUACCAGGCCUGUCACCUUGUCAUACAUUUUACAUUAGGUCUCACUAAGACAAGCCUGAGGAUGACCUGGUUCUAUCAAUACUUGAGUUUCACACUUUGUCAGCGACUGUGAGAAUGGCUUUAUUCUCUACCACAUAGUACCAGGUUUAUAAAGCCCCAUUUUCAUGUGUAGAACCUAGCAGUUGCUUUGAUACUAUUCAGUUUACUAUAUUAAUUCUGGUUUUCAGAGAGCUAUAGAUAGAGAACAAGAUGUAUUAACUUUUUGUUUGUUUGUUUGUUUUUCGAGACAGGGUUUCUCUGUAUAGCCCUGGCUGUCCUGGAACUCACCCUGUAGACCAGGCUGGCCUUAAACUCAGAAAUCCACCUGCCUCUGCCUCCCAAGUGCUGGGAUUGAAGGCGUGGGCCACCGCCGCUCGGCAUGUAUUAACAUUUUUAAGUCAACAUUUUGUUUGUGAUUUUAAAGUACAUUCUCCAUGUUAUAGUUUUAAAAAAGCAGUUUAUGUAUUUUGUACAAGUCCUAGUUAGCACGCUUUCUGUGCACACGGGUAUCCUUUGUUGUUGCGACCAUGUCUACAUUGUACAUUUCAUUCAGCUGCUUUCCAAAAAAUGAGACCACUCAAGAAUUAAGUCUUGAAAUUAUCAGGCAGGCUGCUUCAACAUGGACAUUCUGAACAGUUAACUUUUGAUUUCUUUAUACAAAUGUAUGAUGCUCCUUUUUUUUCUACCUUGGUAUCUGAAAAACUAAUUUUAUAUGUCUGUAUAGCUUUGUUUAUCAUUGUAAAUGCCCCCUUUUUUUUUUUUAAGAUUAGACUAGGUUUAUUGGAAAUUGAGGCCAGUGGAGUUGCCAUUGGGAAGGGUGGGGGCAGAGAAAGAGAGAAAGGGGAUGAACAUAGAAGGAAGAGAAAGAGUAUUCAUCAAGAAGGUAAAAAAAAAUUGCCCAAAAAAAAAGAAGGAUUUUGUAUUAAGACAGUAUGUAAUGAAUAGACGAGUAGAUAUAAGCAGUUUACUCAGACUCCAAACAUCUGUGUAUAAAGCAGUUAUCUCUGGACCCACUCACCCUAACUGGUAAAUGCACUCCCAAGGUGGAAAGUAUCCUUUGAGCUCUGGUAUAAUUCUGAAGAGAAAUAAAUGCCUCCUUUAACAGAUGUACCUGAGAGGAAAGAACUACUGUUGGCACUAUUGAUUGCUUUUAAUCCAACAGUGAACCCCUUUAAAAAUAUUCACAAUCUCAUCUCUGUAUUUUUCAUUACAGAUGCCCAUUUGGGGAUGGAAUCUACUUUGACAGCUAGCAAAGCAACCUGCUGUUCUUAAGUGAUUACAGUGACUCAGGCAAGACUUGAUUAAAACAAGGUGAUGCUAUCAAGGCCAGUUUAUUGCAAAAAAAAGAGGCAGCCUGACUCCUGACUAGCAUGACUAGCUAGUAUUUGUCAUUGAGGUUAAAGCAUACUGUAACUGGCUUUUAAGAAGAGAAUAGGGUAGGUAGUUGUUAAAAGCGGAAGUUGUUUAAAGUUGUUUAAAACGGAAUAAAUGUUGAGUGCUUACAUGGUCAUAACCACUGUAAAUACAAAAAUAAACACUUAUUUUUACAUUA